GACCAAAAAUACCAGCAGCUUCUUAAAUCCCUCCCACCGUUCUUCCAACUUACUAAUCGAAUGGAUUCUUCCGUCUAUAGCGCCCCCAUCAACGAGAAACCCUACCUCGAGCCACAGCGGUACCUCAUCGCCUUCGCCAUCCACACCAACCUCGCACGUCUCCAUUGACGCUUCCUAAUCCGAGGGAGCACACAACCGAAAUUCGCAUAUUUCCGUAUGCAGUGCAUCCAAUCCGCCGAGAUCGUGCUCGAGGUGCGGAAUCUCGUGAUUGGGAAGAAGAGUGUCGGAAGCUUCACGUACAUAUUCCUCGCUCAUUUCUUCAUGGCGGCGGUGAUUUUGGCGAUGGAUAUGUGCUUCAAUCCGACUGAGAUUCAAGUUGAGCAGAGGAAGAAGGAUGUGCUGAGGGCUUGUCGUGUUUUGGAGGAGGAGCUGAGUGCAAAGAUGGAGCCGGUGGAUGAGCUGGGGAAUGAGGGGGAUUCGAAUGGGCAUUUAAAGUUGAGGGCUUUCCAGAAAGCGCUCCAGAACCUGAGAGGUCUGUUGAGGAGGACAAAUGGUAAAGAGAAGUUGCAGCAAGUGGAAUCUGUGAGUGGAAUAGUCGGGCAGAACGAGGGUCUGACCGGUGGUCAUUCAACCAAUGGGAUGCCUAUGAUGCCAAAGAGACAGACAGACGGCGGUCAACCCAAGACAACAAACAGCGGGAACUACCCUCUUCAAUCUGGCAACUAUUCCGCUAUAAUCGAAUCUAUUCCGCAAUUUUCUGCAGGAACAAACACCCCACCAUCCGCAGCCAUACCACGAGCUCCAAAGCACACGCGACUUCGCAUCAGACGACAUUUGGGGAAGAAUUCAUCAGCAUCGGACCCGAUUUCAACAGCUCAGGCUGGGACGCAUUUCUCAUUGAUCUCGAUGGGCAGAUGGGCUGGGAUGGGCAGUGGUACAUGAUAAAUUGCUAUCUGCAUUUUGCACACCAUCCUAUAACCCUACAAAACACCCUUUCACCGACACCCCUGCCCCCGCCCCUAUUUGGACUUUUGCCUUCCAAGGAAGGACAGCCUCGUGAACGGCAACAGAUAUUCCAUCUAGUGUCUCCGUCCAAACACACUCCUCUUCUUGCUCAGCGGGACACCAGCAGCAUCACACUCAGCAGUUGCCCAGUAGAGCAGGCAGUCAGAACGCAAAUCUCAAC